CCAAGUCAGCAAAAGAGCAAAAGCCAUCAAACAAAUAUAGUAAUUAAGCAUGGGAACCCUCUGCCGAGAACCUCUUUAUCCUUCCAUCCAGGAUCUAAAGGUCACACUCCAAGACUCAACCCUAGUUUUUCCAUCCCAAGAAACUGAAAACAGAUCCAUUUUCUUGUCCAACAUAGAUCAAGUUCUCAAUUUCUAUGUCCAAACAAUUCAUUUCUUCCCUGCUAACCCGGAUUUCACACCCGAAGUUAUUGCCUCCGGGCUCAAAACUGCGCUAGAAAAAGUGUUGGUGCCAUAUGAUUUCGUGGCCGGAAGGCUGAAACACAACCCCCAGUCGAGCCGGCUCGAGGUGGAGUGUAAUGCUGCUGGAGCGGGCUUCGUGGUGGCUUCCACCCAGUUUUCACUUGAUGAGAUUGGGGACUUAGUCUAUCCCAAUCCAGCAUUUAGGGGGCUGAUUGUUCAAAGCUUGGAUAACUUGGAAGCAGAUAAUCAACCACUUUGCAUAUUUCAGGUAACAUCAUUUAAAUGUGGUGGUUUUGCAAUGGGAAUAUCCACCAAUCAUGUAUUAUUUGAUGGGAUAAGCUUCAAAUGUUUCUUGGAAAACCUUGCUUCCCAAGCUUUUGAUGACAAACCGUUGGCUAUCGUUCCAUGCCACGAUCGCCACCUCCUCGCCGCCAGAUCUCCACCACGCGUCACGUUCCCCCACCCCGAAUUGCUCAAGCUCGAGCUCCCAAUCGGCGAAGACACAAUUCCUUCAGUAUUUGAUUGUCAACAGGAGGAUCUCGAUUUCAAAAUUUUUCACCUAAACUCUGAUAACAUAAGUUACUUAAAGGAGAAGGCAAAGAUCGAUGGUCCCAAUGAGAACACAAAGAUCACCAGCUUCAAUGUAGUCUCAGCCCUUAUCUGGCGGUGCAAGGCCUUGUCAUCAGGUGAUAAUAGUCAAAGAGUGUCUACUGUUCUUUAUGCAGUGGAUAUUAGGUCAAGAAUAAAGCCAUCAUUGCCUUUUUCCUAUUGCGGGAACGCGGUGCUAAGUGCUUACGCCUCGUCGAUCUGCUCGAAACUCGAGGACGAGCCCUUCUCCAAGAUCGUGGACAUGGUGUCCGAGGGGGCUGCUCGAAUGACUGAUGAAUACGCAAGAUCUGCAAUAGACUGGGGAGAAAUCUAUAAAGGGUUUCCCAAUGGUGAGUUUCUGAUAUCUUCUUGGUGGAAAUUAGGGUUUUCUGAAGUGGAGUAUCCAUGGGGGAAGCCAAGGUACAGUUGUCCAGUGGUGUACCAUAGAAAAGAAAUCAUUUUGCUGUUCCCUGAAAUUAAUAAUGGAUCAAAUAACAACAAUGGGAAUGGGGUUAAUGUCUUGGUUGCAUUGCCUGCUAAGGAGAUGGAGAAAUUUCAAUCCCUCUUUCACACGUUCUUGGCAUCAAACUAGUUAAUUAGUUGAGAAAUAUCGUUCACAAACUAUGCCAUUUGGAAUAUUGAAUGAACUAAGAACGCAUAUAUAAUUCAAAAGUUAUGGGACUAUGACUGCAUAUAUUAUUCCAAGUUGUUGUAUAUGGAAGUUUUACUUUAUAUAGUUA